CUUAUUAAUUAUUAGAAGCCUGCUCAACCUUCAGUUUUCGGCAUCACUCAAUGGCCGGGGCUUGAAUGCAGUCACUUACAGGGCGAUUUCGCGGGUGCCUCCGCACCGGCUGUGUCCCAUUUUCCAGUCCACCUCGCCAGCAGUUUCUUCGACCCGGCUCUCCCUUUUGGCUCGCCGCUCGGAGGCAGAACAGCGGUCAAGCGACCCAGAACAGGGCCGAUGCCAUCGUUGUCGGCGCCGGGCCCGCCGGCAUCGCCGCCGUUGGCAAUCUGGUCGACAAAUAUCCGAGAGGCAAUGUAGUGUGGGUAGACAAGUCGUUUGACGGCGGCAGCAUCGGCCAGCUCUACCGGGAAGUGCCCAGCUUCUCUCCGGCCGGCAACUUUCUUGAAUAUGCGACCGCCCUUCCAAUAUUCCGGGGUAUCGCUGACGCGGUCCCGCGACCCAACGCCGUCACACGACUGCAGGCCCUCGACCCCAACAUGACCUGCUCGCUCAGUCACGCCGCCGACAUGCUCCAGCUUCUCUCGGACGGCCUCAUCCGGCAUCCCAGCGUCAAGCCGGUCCUUGGCACCGUCACAGAAGCAGGCCGCAACUCAUCAACCCGACAGUGGAGAGUAGCCGUCCAGCCCAACCACGACAUAGGCCACGUCCCCCACCAGGAGGAGUACCACGCGCCCCUGGUGGUCCUGUGCACCGGCACGUUCCCGCGCGCGACCCCCCUCCCCGCGCCCGUCUCCCGCCUGGGCCUGGAGACGUGCCUGUCCCCGACCCGGCUGGCCAGGCUGCUGCCGCGCGACCGGGACCGUACCGUCGCCGUCCUCGGCCACGGCUACGCCGCCGCCGUCGCGCUGAAAAACCUCUUCGGCCUCGCCACCUCCUCCCACCCCCGGCUGCGCGUCCGCUGGUUCGCUCCGGGGCCGGAACCGUGGUCUGACGGUGCGCUGCUGCCGCCGAGCGGCGAGGUGGCCGAGUUCGCACGCGCCGUACUGGGCGGCGGCGGCGGCGGCGGCGAUGGGCGGCGGGAAUCGGAGGCCGGGAGGUUCAUCGAACGGGUCGUUCUUCCUGCCUCGCAGGAGCGGGCCGAGGCGGUGCUGAGGGAGGGCCUGCUGCGGGCCGGCGGGGUGGACUACGUGGUCGAGUGUUCGGGCUUCCGAAGGGCGCGUCUGCCCGAGCUGAGGCCCGGGGUGGCCCAGUGGACGAAGUUGGCCUUUGAUCCCGAGACCGGGUUGUUCGGGCCCUACCGGGAGCGGUCCGACAAGGUCAUAGGGCUGUUUGGAGCCGGGAGUGCGUUCCCCGGAUGGGGAAGCGCAGCGGCGAGCAGGGAGCGGGAGACGGCCGGGGUGUUGGAAUCCCUCCAGUACGUGAAGAGAAUGCUGCCGGCUUGGGUCGAUGCGACGAAGAGGGGUUACUGGUGGAGGAGGGGAAAGCUAUGAAAGCUCCGAAGGGGCCGGCGCAGUAAUUACUGUAUCCGAUGUAUGUGCUAAUACUGGUCAUCAUAGAAGGCACGUAAUAAGAUGUGAGUAUAUUGUAUUAUUGUACGCUGCCAAUUUCUGGAUGUUCGAUCCUGUACGUCGGCCAAUGACCUUCAUUUGUCAAACGGUAUUUAUCUUUG